UCUCUCAUUAUUUUCUUCUCAUCGGAAAAUCAAUCGGAGAAGAAUGCUCGGAAUCUCCUACGGCGAACUUUUCCUUCUUUUAGGAGCUACGGCUGCUCUUAUUGGGCCGAAGGAUCUUCCAGUUAUAUCUAGAACAGCGGGAAGGUUAGCUGGGCGUGCAAUUGGAUAUGUUCAAGUGGCACGUGGUCAAUUUGAAAGCGUUAUGCAGCAGUCCCAAGCUCGCCAGGUACAUAAAGAACUGCAAGAUACAAUGGCACAAUUAGAAGCCAUACGCCAUGAAAUUCGGUCGAUUUCUUUCAUGAAUCCUGGUCCUUUGACAACAAGGCUAGUCGAUAAUAUUGUUAGUCAACCACCUGUUACCGAUGUGGACAAGGAAUCUUCAAAACCUCCUCAAGAGAGCACUGUGGAACCUGAGAACACAAAGACCACUACCAUAGACAAGGAUCACAGUUCGAAAACCUCGCUGAUGUCUGAUAUACAUAGCCAAGCAACUACGUAUGCAAGAUUGACAGAAUCCACACCCUUAAAUGCAAAUUCCAUGAAGGAAGUUCUGAGUGAGCUGAAGGAUGAUUCUGGUCAGUUCAUUGUUCUUCCUAUAUCAGCUGAAAGUGCAAAACUGCUGCCCAGUCAGAAAGAUAACUUGACAGGAUCCGACAUAUUGUUGGAGGCAGUACUCGAGGAAGAUGUGGCACGCAAUGCGAAGGAUUUUUUCAUUCAGGCUCAGAACCAAACGAAAAAUUAAUAUAUAGGUACCAAAUCACUGAUGCAUGUUACCUUUCUCCAUAAAGAAUUCUCUCAACAUGUGAUGUUACUCUAUGAAUCCAUGGCAUCAGAUUUCUCGAUUCCGAUUCUCGUUGGAAUCACAUUCCACUUCUUUUGGCGCCUGGCCGUACAUUCGCCCUAGUUUUUUUUUUUAUCUGUGCAAUUUGAGUGAACGAGUCGUUGGAAUUUUUGUUUUUAAUAACAAGAUGAUUCGAUAUCAAGUAGGAGGCGUUCGGUUGAAUGUGAUUUUAGAAAGUUUAUCUUCUUAGAAAUUGCCUUUUGUUAAUAGUCAUUAUACUAUCUUAAUGCUAUGGAAAGUUUGGUAUUUGAAUGUUUGAA